AUGCCAAAAGAAAAACGUCACAAGAAAAAACAUCACAAUAGUACAACAAAUGAGAAUGAAAAGAUAAAUGAACAAUCGAAAAGCCAAUUAUUCAGUGAAACAGAUGCAAAUUCUGUCGAAGUCUCUGGUUAUAUAAUGGAUCGUGGAGCACCUCAAAUCAAUCAAUUAAUGAAAGGACGUACAAUACCAACAGGUGUUGUUGAUAUUGACAAAUCUGUACAACUUCCAAAAUCAUCUUCGAAAUCUCGUCAUCGACAUAAUCAUUCAAAACCACAUACUGUUCUUCAAUCCAGUGAAAAUCAUCACAAAGAACAUGUUCAUUUACCACCAAUUAGUGAUCCUUCUCAUCACCAUCAUAAUCAUCGUUAUCCACCACCUGAUUAUGAUUAUUUUGGUUAUUUGUCUCAUUCUAAUCUAGUUGAUCCUGAACAUGAGUCGCAUCAUCAUCAUCAUUUUGGAGAUUUGUCUUAUCCUAAUCCAGGUGAUCAUGAACAUAAGUCAUCUCAUCAUCAUCAUCAUCAUCAACAUAAACAUCAUCAUCGACAUCAUCAUCAUAAGCAUGAAAAAGAAGUGGAAACAUAUGAUCCUCGUUGGUGGUAUCUGCCAAUCAAUUCGGUUCAUGCACCGAAACCAUGGCGACCUCCGGAAUAUCAUUAUGUAGCACCAAAAUGGUAUGAAUCACCUAGCAAAGACAGUAGAAUAUCGAUUAAUACUGAAGAAUCAAUAUUACCUCCUCGAAAAUAUACCGACUGUCGAUGUGAAGUAUGCAAACCAUCGAAAGAUACGUCGCGUGGUAUUAGAUGGGUUGUCAAUGAAUAA